ACUCUGUGGUGUUCGCCCUAAAGACUCUCUCUGACCCGGUUCCCUAGGUGCCGCCGCCUCUAUGGGAUUUCUCUGCAAUUCCAGCUCGGUGACUCUGUCUUCCACCCUAUGAAGCAGCGCACUCCUGUCAUGGCUCCGUUGGUGAUUUCGUCCUCUCCGCCGCAUCUCCGUCCUCCGUCUCCUUCGUCGCAUCUCCGUCCUCCUUCCGAUCCGCCGCCAUGUACGCCUCCUCCUGUGCCGCUUGAAGUCCUCUCUCCACCAAAACCACCAGAUCCUCAUGACGCAUCUUUCGGUCCCGUGUUUCUUCUGCUCUUCGACACAUCCUUCGACCCUGCUCAAGCGCUUUCCAGAACUUCAGAUUUGGAAUCUUUGUUGUUGAAUUUGGCGUUUGUUACCGGUGACGGUGUUGUUUCUCUGGUGUCCAUUGGUGACAAAGUCUUUGCUUCCAAGUGCUUGUAUCCUGCAGUAUGCAGUUUAUUUCUUUGUCGGUGCCUUGAUUGGAGUCAUGACCUUAUUUUUCCAGCAAGUCCAUAUACCCUUCACUCCUGUUCAUUAUGCUUGUCACUGUGUUGGUGGCUUCAACAACAGGGAGUUCAAUGUUGAAGAUUAGAGAUACUUCAAAUGCUGAAGUUCUAAUCAAAGGCUUUAUAGCCAUGUUAAGGAUUGUUAAUUGUGCACUUGUUGCUGUUUCAAUCUCGGGAUUUAUAUCACUGAUCGUGGUCUCUAUUUCCCAAGACUUCAUCUCACUUUCCAACUUGAUGUUCGAUGAGAUUAGAGGACUUCUCUACGACAUUAGUUGCUUAAGCGUCUUGUAUGCCCCUAUCUUAAUAUGUUGUAUUUGCUUCUUUGUAAUAGCUUGUUAUUUGGCCAUGAUGGCUUUAUUAUCAUGUUGUAUGAACACUCUCUCUAUUUGUAGAGAGUAAGAAUCUAUAAAAUUGAGGUUUGU